AUGGAGAACACGCAAAAUUACAAAGUUUGGGAGAAAAAGAAUCAAAUCACAUCAUUGAAGAUUAAGUCUAAUUUGAUCGACUUGGAAUUGAAAAUUGAUAGACUACAAACUCUGAAAGAUAAGAUCAGAAUAAUUAGUACCGCUAGUGAGACAGAAGUGAAACCAAUCUAUAAUGAUUUAACGUUCAGUGAUGAAGAAUCAUCAUCAUCUGUUCUCACUAUGGACGUUUUCUCUGAAACUUCUUCGCAGAUGCCUAAUCAGGAACAAGAAGAUACAAAAAUGAUUCCUCUGAUCAUUAUAAAUAAGACUAUCCAAGCAGUUGCGCGUGCAUUCUUUGAAAAGAUGCAUAUGUAUUCAGAUUCAAGGAAUAAAAAUGAGGAUACUAUUGUACAUGACUAUGUACAUGAUACCUUCAAAGAAAUAUUCUGUGAUCUGAAUUACGAGAUCAUUUGGGCAAACACUGAAAGUUUAUCUUCAAGAGAACACAGAGCGACUUAUGGACGUUCCAAAGGUAGAAAGCCUGACAUAACAAUAUAUCGAAUCAUGAAAAAAGAAGAAAGUGAAGAAACGUAUAAAGAUGAACGUGAAGAAGCAUGCUUCAUAGAAGUCAAGCAUUUCUCUGUCACAAGAAAUAGUAAGAUUGGUGGCUAUAAUCUUUACAAAGUAACCAUCUUUUGCCAGGGAGGCAUCAGCAGAAUAAUUUCUUCACGUGAAAACACACCAGAGCUAAAGUCUUUCGGAGGACAUAUUUGUAAGGGUUAUAUCUAUUUGGGAAUAAUGGAUUUAGAGUAUGAUGGGAAUUACCGAUACUUUCAACUCUUUGAAAUUAAACUUGCUCAGAAACUCUCUGAGUUUAAUCUCAUAAGAAAGUUGAUAAUAGAAACAUUUUAUUUCAAAUGUCGUAUUGAUAGUUCUUAUUCUAAUAAAAAUAGUAGGGGAUCUUCCAGUAAGAUUGAUAAUGUUUCUCCUUGCCGUAAUAACUUCUCCCGUCAUCCAACGAUCACACCCAAGGCACCUAGAAGUACGAUGAUUCCAGAAAUUAACUUAAUUGAAGAAACUAAAUGGGUCAAUAAGAGAAAAAGCAAAUCCUUGUAA